AUGAGCCAACAGCAGUCCUCACAGUCUCUUUCGGGAGCUGAUCGCAUCAGGGCUCUCAAGGAUGACGAUGCAAUAUUCACUGCUUUUGAUACAUAUCCAUGGACCAAGGACAAAAGCUUCAUGUCAGGCCUUUGCUCCAUCCUUGGUGAACCUGGUCAGCAAGACCCCGAAGCCUCUCUCUCAGAUAUGGCUAUCCACGCUCGCAUAUUCUAUUAUGCACAGCGCAUUGGUGUCAACAUCGACUUUGGUUCCUAUAAAAGCUGGUUGACAAUCAAAACAAACUACCAGCCCCCAUAUGUCUUGCCAGAGGAAUACCGUCAACGUACAGAGGCCAAUGCCACCUCAGCCUCAGCCUUGGACUGGCAGAAGGCUGCACCAAAGACUGACCUCUAUAUCGACAGAAAAGCCGCUGCAGCUCAAUCUAGCUCAGAAGAUCAGCCUAAUUAUCCGAUGGGGUUUGCCGAAAUGAUCAAACUUAUCCAAGAGGGCAAGCCUGUGCCGGGCAUUCGACAAAUACCAAACACCAUCAUCAGGGAUCCCGCCGUGAAACCUGUCGGGACCAGAGCUGCCCCAAGAAAGCCAUGGGAGAAGGAUGUCAGUCCCGAUGUUUCCACUCUUGUAGACCUACCAAAAGCGCUUGACACCGAGUUCCCACCCCUUCACGACGAUCUUGUUGCUUCCUCUGCUGCUGAAACUUCGCGAGACGAAAACAUUGGUGGCGUUACGGAUCAUGCAACCAUGGGCAUGCUUCAUUAUGAAUUUGAGCAAGAUAGAUAG